UGCAGUGAACUGAUUGUUUAAAUCCUUCGUCAGUUCUAAAUAAAAAUAAAUUAUAUAUAUAAAUAUUAUUUCCAUAGCAUUUAUACUUUAGUGUUGUGUAUUAUAAUAUUUAUUCUGUUUUAUUUUUAGUGUUGUUAUAAAAUUAGUGUAGUGUAUAAAUUGUGUUUAAACAUGAAUAUGUUACUAUUACAUAUUGUAGUUCUUAGUAACAUACUAAAAUAUGGACAAACACAGAUUGCCUUAAAUGCUCCUAUAGUAAGAGAAUACCCUUGCAAAGCAAGUCAGAAAUUUGACGCAGUAUUUGAAGUGGGUUUGCCCAAGGAUCAAAAUAAAUAUUACUUAAAUAUUUAUGAGGAAUUUCCUGCUCAAUCCCGUAUCGGAAUUAAGUUCGAUUCCGAAGCUAUAAUAACUACAUUGUUUGAAAAGCCUUACCUUGGACAGCUUUCAAAUAGGAUCGGUGACACUGCAGCUAGAAUAGGAACAUUUGCAUCGGAUUAUGAAGUUUUUAUAACGAUUUCAAAUCCAAUGUCCGAGAUGAGUAUUCUUGUUAGAGGACCUGAUAUAGGAACAGUGCCAUAUCCUAUGUCUAUUAUUAUAAACUCGGUAGAAUACUGUGAGAAUCCAAAUCCAGGGUUUGUUGACAGAUUCAUUGAAGGAUACAAAGGAUCCGCGAUUGCGGCUCUAUCAGUACCGUCCAGUUCCUGUGGGAGACGUAAAGUGCAGCAUACAGAGCUAAUUGUCAAUGGCCGACCAACCAAGCCUGGAGACUGGCCAUGGCACGGAGCCAUUUACAGACUGGAAAAGUCCAAUGUGAAAUACAUUUGUGGUGGAACACUUAUAUCAAAAAGUUUUGUUAUAACAGCUGCACAUUGUUCGACAAUCAAUGGCGGGCCUGUGUUGCCAGAGAUAAUGAGCGUCAUUUUUGGAAAGUACAAUUUGAUUGGUGGCGAUAUUGCAAUACAAGAGCGAGAGAUAUAUCAAAACAUAGUGCAUGAAGAUUAUAAUCCAAAAAGAUUGGACAAUGACAUCGCACUGUUAAAAAUGAAGACUGAAGUAAAGUUUGAUGAUUAUGUGCAGCCAGCUUGCUUAUGGCAUUUAAAUGCUUAUAAAAAGGUACCAAAAGGAACCAUUAAAGGAACAGUAACACAGCGGGCAAACGAGCAUGUGAAUCACUUGAUGCUAAGUGACUACCGCCGCCCAUGGUCACCCACAACACCAGAGGUAGUUGGAUGGGGGUUCAAUCACAACGAUACACUGGCAACCACCCUUCAUCAGGUGGUUCUACCGAAAAUAUUGGACAGCGUUUGCGUCAAAAGUAACAUAGACUUUUUUGGAAAAAUAUUGAAUGAUAGAAAAUUUUGCGCAGGAUACAGAAAUGGUACCUCAGCAUGCAACGGAGAUAGUGGCGGAGCUUAUCAAGUAUUUGUCCCCGAUACACCUGGUGAUACAUCAGUCAACGCGUCUGGCUCUUGGCAUGUCCACGGCAUAGUAUCACUGGCUUUGUCGCGACCCAACGAAGCUAUAUGCGAUAACACACAAUACUCAAUAUUUACUGAUAUCAAUUCGUUUGCUGGAUGGAUUUAUAAACAUUUUAAACCUGAUUACUAAUGUUAUCGAUGUAUAUAAAUAAAACAAAUUUAUCACAA